GCGUGGCGCAGACUGAGCGGGAAUUUUGGAGGCAGUUUGCAUGUGGUCAGCGCCGGGCUCCUAAGCCAGCCCCCAGCUCACGUUACACUCUAUUUAUAACCUCUCAGAGCCGUUUCCCCCUGAAAGCAGUUCCCUGGGACCACCUUCUUUUGGCUUCAACCUCUCCUACUCUUGACAUUUGAGUCGCUCGGAGGGAAGCUCCUUCAGGUCCGAGUGUUUAUAUGUAAAGGAGACCGGCCGCUAGGGCUCGGGACCGGGACUAUCCCAGCUCUGCUGAAGCACCAGUGGCGAUUGCUCGGGGAGAGGGAAAGUCGCAGGGUUUACUGUGAAAAGUGACAGAGGGUGGUGGCGUUUGCAACCUUCGCGAAGUCUUCUGCCUGGAACCCAAGACUUGCAUGCUAUGGAACACCCGCUCUUUGGCUGCCUGCGCAGCCCUCACGCCACCGCGCAAGGCUUGCACCCGUUCUCCCAGUCCUCUCUCGCCCUCCAUGGAAGAUCUGACCAUAUGUCCUACCCCGAGCUCUCCACUUCUUCCUCGUCUUGCAUAAUCGCGGGAUACCCCAACGAGGAGGGCAUGUUUGCCAGCCAGCAUCACAGGGGACACCACCACCACCACCACCAUCACCACCACCACCAUCAGCAGCAGCAGCACCAAGCUCUGCAAACCAACUGGCACCUCCCGCAGAUGUCCUCCCCGCCGAGCGCGGCUCGGCACAGCCUCUGCCUCCAGCCGGACUCGGGAGGGCCCCCGGAGAUGGGCAGCAGCCCGCCGGUCCUGUGUUCCAACUCUUCCAGCCUGGGCUCCAGCACCCCGACCGGGGCCGCGUGCGCGCCCGGGGACUACGGACGCCAGGCGCUGUCACCCGCGGAGGCGGAGAAGAGAAGUGGCAGCAAGAGAAAAAGCGAUAGCUCAGACUCCCAGGAAGGCAAUUACAAGUCAGAAGUCAAUAGCAAACCCAGGAAGGAAAGGACAGCAUUUACCAAAGAGCAAAUCAGAGAACUUGAAGCAGAAUUUGCCCAUCAUAAUUAUCUGACCAGACUGAGGAGAUAUGAGAUAGCUGUGAAUCUGGAUCUCACUGAAAGACAGAAACUCAGAAGUGAAGCCAGGAGUGGAACCCAACUCAUGUGGAAAAGAUCUAAUGCAACAUGCAAUAUCAAAGCUUGCAAAGGUAAUUAAAGUGAGUAGUAUAAUUACCUAAAUUGUAGUACAGGAAAACCGUGUCAUAUUUAUAAACCUAAUUAUAUUGAGAAGGAGAGUUACCUGAAUGAUAGUAAUCAUAUGGAUGGAGUUCACAUAUUUUAUAUGCUUUACUUUUCUGUCUUGAAUGCUUAAAAAAAUGGGAGUUUGAAGUAUAACAGGCACAAAAAUAAUUAAAAAUAAAAGUACAAUCUAGAGCAAAAUAAAUGCCAGGUUUAAAUGUUGGCACCAAGUGUACCUAUUUCUGUAAUCAUAAGCAAAUCACUUAACCUUUGAGUCUCAACUUCCUCAUCUAUAAAAUAGGAAUAGUGUUUAAAAUAUCUGGAAAGUAUAUAUUACAAAUAAUACAUAAAUAGCACCUAUUAAUAUGGUUGCAUAGUCAUAAGUAAGUAUGUGUGGUUAUUAGAUAAUAAUAGUACAUGCACACAUAUCAGCUAGUUUUUAAUAUAUCUUCCUUUACUGUAUUUAGACUUAUUCAUCAGGUUUUUUCCAAAUUUCCUUAUUAUUUUAUUUUCAAAUUGAUUAAUAUAUGUAUGGGUAAUACAUUACAUGAUACAAGAUUUCAAUUAUGGCCUAAUAGACCACUAACCAGAGUUAAAUCUUAGUUUAAAUAUUUUUUGGUACAGGCAUCUGAGAAAACUACUAGUUUCAAUGAAGUGUUGUGAUAUGAGUAAUAUUAAAAUAAAAACAUUUUUGGAAAUUGAUAUUUCUUUUUGCUUUCUCUUAGCACCAUGCUAAGAGAAAUUCAGAUUGUUUCUGAAAUGAAAAUGGAGAAUAUUUAAAAUAUUCCUGGAGUAGAAUAAAACAGAAUUAUCCAGACCAGAUAUAAAGACUUAUUAUAAAUUAGAACAUUAAGACUGGUUUUGUCACAUCAAAAAAGCUGUGCAUAUAUGGAAACUUGAUUUAGAACAGAGUCAAACAGUGAUCAGUGGGAAAUGAUGGGCUAUUUAAUAAAUUGUCCUGGAACAACUUGUUAUCUAUAUGGGAUAAAGUAAAUUUAGAUCUUUUCUUUGAAAUAGGCAUGAAAACAAACACUUUAGGGAUUACACACUUUAAUUGGAAAUACAAACUUUAAAAUUCUUAGAAGACAUAGAAGACUUUCUUACUGUCCUUGGCAGAAAGAUGGGUCUUCAUGAAGACAUCAAAGUAAUAUGCAUAACAGAAAAUUGAUAAAUUUGAAUAUAUGAAAUCUUAGAUUUUCUGAUCAUCAAAGGGCACUCGAAGGACUCAAAAAAAGAUGUAAUAAAUUGAGAGACUAUAAUAUCAGCCAUAUAACCACAAAGCAUUAAAUUAGCGUUUAGAACAUACUUUAAAAAUCUAUAAAGAAUAAAUUUAAAUUAAAAAGAAUUCAAUGCAAACCAAAUAUACAGAAGCACUUUAGAAAAGAGGAAAUGCAAAUGGGUCAUAAGCAUUGUAAAGAUGCUUUACUUCAUUAGUAACUAGGAAAUGCAAAAUAAUAUGCUUAGAUAACAUUUAUAAUCAUUGUAUUGGAAAAAUGAUAACUCCUAAUGUUGGCAAAUACAUCUCUCUAUAUAAAAGCCUAAGUGACCUUCCAACUGUCCAACCGAUAGCUAUAAUGCACAAUGACCACCAGGAGGCAGACUCUCAAUGUAGGAGCUGCCAACAUGUGGUGACAUGGCAGCUGCAGCUCUCGGGUGAUGCACCCAGAACCAGAGAGGAGGGAUCCUGAUUCCGGGGUGUGUCAUCUGAGAACUGCCCUCUUGCAAUCUGGGACCCCUCAGGGGAUGUCAGAGAGCCGGUUUCAGCUCAAUCCCCGCAGGCCCAGGCCCAGGGACCCCACCAGUGCAUGAAUUCAUGCACCAGGCCUCUAGUGGGCAAAUAAAAACUUUUACACACUGGACUGUGGGAGGUUAAAUUGAUGCAACUUUAGAAAAUAAUUUUUCUGUAUUAUAUUAAGUUGAACAUUCACACAACUUGUGACACAUCAAUGCAACUCCUGGAUAUAUACUUAGAGAGGUUUGAUCAUGUUUAUCAGAACACAAAUACAAGAAUAUUUAUAGCAGCACCAUUUAUAAAAGAAAAAAAAAGUAGUUCAAGUGUGCAUGAACAGGAGAAUAGAUAAACUGUGGUAUAUUUACACAAUGGAAUAGUGUAGUCAUUUUUAAAAAAUGAGUGAAUACAGUCCCUUAAAUCAAUAUGGAUAGGGCAAGAAGCCUAAAAGACAAUUGAACUUAAACAGUACUUUUAAAAUAACAUGUUCUAAAAACUGUUUGCUUUAAAUAAAGACUUGGGGAUGAUAAACACAAAAUGCAAUGUGAGAGGACACUUAGCUUAACAAGAAUAUACAAUGAUGAGAAAUGCAGUAUGAAAGGGAAAAUGUUCCUCCUAAAGAAGACAGUGAAAUGAUGCCAAUAUUUUUC